AUGAUAGGGGUUCCAAGUAUCAUGUCCUUUGCGGAUGAUACCGUCAAGGUGGUGAGGAGUGAAUAUGAUCACGAUUACGCUCGGUCAUACGUCCCUACCCCGGAAGUGAAGGAAGAAUUAAAGAAAAUUUCCGGAAAACUCGGGGAUUGUUUGUAUGAUGACUACAGAAGAGAGAUAGAUACUCUCAAGCCAAAUGUACAUAUUGAUAAUGAAAUAGCAAUAUUGAUGGCGGCAGAGGAAGAUGUAAAACAGUCCAGACGAAAUCUCAGAAGGAGAGCACGGAAUAUUUGUCCAUCGAGUGGACCCACUAAGGAAGAAGAAUAUGAACUGAAAUAUUUGAACAAACAAUCUCUUCGAAAGAUGUACGAACUAGAAGAUUUUAAGCGAGACUUUAAUACAAAGCCCUUCGUUGCAACCGAAAUGGUGGAUUUGAGUUUUGAAAGAAUUGAAGACAAUAUCCGAAAGAGACAACAGGCUCUCCAGAAUCUUCGAAGAGAAAUCUAUGAGGCAUCUGUACUCCAAUUGGCAGGGUAUUAUGCGAAGGCCAAAGAACUAAAGGAAACUUACACAGAGACUUCAGUGGUUAAUUUAUCCAAUGCUACUAAACCAGAUCAGACAUCAAAGACAAAUGUUGAAAAGUCCAAACAUCGACCAAAGUCUGAUGAGAAAAUGUCUGAGCGUAUACCUGGAACUGCUGAAAAAAUGUCCAAAGCUUCGCCCAAGAAUGCGAUGAAAAAGUCCACACAUGAUACUAAGAUUAAAUUGGAGAAACCCAAGAGAAUUUCUAGAGGCAGCAGUGAAAGUGACACGGAUGGAGAUGAUUCCUACACCAAUGUAAUGGAAACAUACCAGGCUGAGAGAUUGAGAUUUGAAAAGAAUUUGGAAAUCUUCUCUGCACGUCUGGAAGAAUUUGUGGACUCUCAUCGAAAGAUACACGAGGAGGAGGAAGUCUCUAUCAAGCCAAAGAAAAAACAACAAACUGAUGUCAAAAUAUUCAAAACAGUCAAAGCGGAUGUAAAGAUGGUUAACAGUAAUAUCAAAGCAGUCCAGGCCAAUGUCAAGAUGGUCGACAACAAUGUCAAAGCAGUCAAGGCCGAUGUCAAAAUGAUCGACAACAAUGUCAAAUCACUCAAAACUGAUGUUGAAGUUCUCAAAUCCGAUGUCAAUACUCUCAAAAGUGAUGUGAAUGCACUCAAAAGCAAUGUCAAAACUGUUAAAGCAGAUAUCCAAACCGCCAAGGCUAAAGUUAAGACUGUUAAAGUGGUCAAAUCUGAUGUCAAACUGGCCAACGAUGAUGUCAGACCUGAUGUCAAAACAACAAAAUCUGAGGGUAAAAUCGUCCUCCAGGAAAAAACAAAGGAUGCUCAACGUGACAGAAAACAGAAAAGAUCUAGUGAGAAGAGUGAUGUGACUAUUGUCUCCCAACAUGAUUGUCAGGAGAAAAUUCAAGCUCAGACAGUCCAGGAAGAAAGGAGGAGGAAGAAGAAAGUCUUUCGUCUUCCCAGGGAGGACAUUCAGGCUUACGUGGAUUCCUGUGAUCAUGAAAGGGCAGAAAAACGAAGACCAAAGAAAAGGAAAGAGACAAGUGUAAGCAGCAUUUCUGAGGUGCUAGAUUUUCCACUGAAUCAAGAGGAAGAAAAUGGUGGCGAGGUUACCAUGGAUAUUGUGAUGCAGGAACUGGAUAAGGAAGAAAAUGAUGGCGAGGUUACCAUGGAUAUUGUGAUGCAGGAACUGGAUAAGGAAGAAAAGGAUGGCGAGGUUACCAUGGAUAUUGUGAUCAAGGAACUGGAUAAGGAAGGAAGUGACGUAGAUGUUGCUGACGAGUUGGGUGAGCAGCCACUGUGGGAAGAAGAAAGUGAUGGAGAGAUUUCCAAGGAAUUGGUGAUUCUGCCAUUACCCACACUCGACCCCAUGCCUGUGUAUAUUGACAAUUUCCAAGCAAGUUGUGUGCUGACCCAGCUAUUUUCUAGCAGAGAUGACUAUGAUGAGAACUUUGAAGCAGACUAUGUGAUUCCUCCCUAUGAGAGCGAGAGAAGGAUCUAUACUAAACAAAAGAAAGUGUACUGUCACCAGAAUAAACCACACACUGGACAGAGGAGGAAAAUCGUACAUGUAGCACCACAGCGCCGCUAA